UUGACUCGGUUUCUUGCCAUGUCUGCUCACAAGACUUUCAGACUCAAGCAAUUCCCAGCCAAGAAACAAAAGCAAAAUCGUUCUAUUCCUCAAUGGAUUCGGAUGAAAACUGGUAACAAAAUCAGGUAUGACUCCAAGAGAAGAAACUGGAAAAUGAAGCUGGGUCUAUAA